UUUUCCCCCUCUAUUCUGCCGGUUAGGGAACACUCAGCUAUCAAACUCUCUCUUUAUUUUCGUUCAGCUGAAGCUCUCAGCAGACCGAGCUGCGGAAGUUUUACCGUAAAAGCCUUACUUUUACGAAAAAUGCCUUUCCAGUAUCCGAACGCGUAUCGCGACGAGGCUGUGGUGGAUGAUUACCAUGGGCAGAAGAUUCCUGACCCAUACAGCUGGCUGGAGGAUCCCGACAGUGAGAAAACUCAGGCCUUUGUGAAUGCUCAGAACCAGUUGACGUUGCCCUUCCUGGAGGAGUGUCCAGUCAGAGAAGUUUUUAAAGAGCGAAUGACCGAGCUCUAUGAUUACCCCAAAUACAGCUGCCCCUUUAAACGUGGGGAAAGGUACUUUCACUUCUAUAAUACAGGCUUGCAGAACCAAAGCGUUCUCUACGUUCAGGAUAACCUGGAUGCAGAACCGAGCGUGUUCCUAGACCCAAACACGUUCUCAGAUGAUGGAACCGUAGCUUUACGAGGUUAUGCGUUCUCAGAAGAUGGAGAGUAUCUGGCGUACGGUACCAGUGCGAGUGGUUCCGACUGGGUGGAGAUCCACUUCCUGCGGGUGGACGGAGCCGUGGUUCUGGAGGACCGGCUGGAGAGAGUAAAGUUCACCUGCAUGUCCUGGACUCACGAUGGAAAAGGACUGUUCUACAACUCAUACCCCGAGCAGGAGGGCAAGAGUGACGGCACGGAGACAUCCACUAAUCUGAAUCAGAAGCUAUACUACCACGUGCUGGGCACUCCGCAGUCUCAGGAUGUGCUCUGUGCAGAGUUCCCCGACGAGCCCAAGUGGAUGAGUGGAGCUGAGGUAUCUGAUGACGGCCGUUAUGUGUUGCUGUCUAUCAGAGAAGGCUGUGAUCCAGUGAACAGGUUGUGGUACUGCGACCUCAGCACGCUCCCAGACGGCAUCACAGGCUUGUUGCCGUGGGUGAAGCUGAUCGACAACUUUGAUGCAGAAUAUGAGUACGUAACGAACGAGGGCACAGUGUUCACCUUCAAAACCAACCUGGACGCACCACGCUACCGCCUCAUAAAUGUGGAUUUUGCUGAUCCGGCUCCCAGCCAGUGGAAGGAGCUCCUCCCUCAGCACGAUAAAGAUGUCAUCGUUUUUGCCACCUGCACAUACUCCACCCAUCUCUUCGUGUGUUACCUUCACGAUGUGAAGAAUGUGUUGAAGAUGUAUCAGCUGGCAUCAGGAGAGGAGCUGAAGACGUUCCCCUUAGAGGUGGGCUCCAUCGUGGGCUUCACCGGCCGCAAGAAGGACUCUGAGAUUUUCUACUACUUCACCUCUUUCCUCUCGCCAGCCAUCAUCUACCAUUGUGACUUGACCAAAGCUCCUCUGCAGCCACACGUCUUCAGGGAGGUCACAGUGAAGGGCUUCAACCCUGCAGAGUACCAGACCACACAGGUAUUUUAUCAUAGUAAAGAUGGCACUCAGAUCCCGAUGUUCAUCGUGCAUAAGAAAGGCAUCCAGCUGGACGGCUCCCACCCUGCCUUCCUCUACGGCUACGGAGGAUUCAACAUCUCCAUAACACCCAGCUAUAGUGUUUCCAGGCUCAUUUUUGUACGGCAUCUGGGAGGAGUUUUAGCUGUGGCCAACAUCCGAGGGGGAGGAGAGUACGGAGAAACAUGGCACAAAGGUGGUAUGCUGGGGAGCAAGCAGAAUUGUUUCACUGAUUUCCAGUGUGCAGCGGAAUAUCUGAUAAAGGAGGGCUACACCUCGCAAAAGAAACUCACCAUCAAUGGGGGCUCCAACGGAGGGCUGCUCGUGGCGGCGUGUGUGAAUCAGAGGCCUGAUCUGUUCGGCUGUGCUGUAGCUCAGGUCGGAGUGAUGGACAUGCUGAAGUUCCAUAAGUUCACAAUCGGCCACGCCUGGACCACCGACUUCGGCUGCUCGGAGAUUAAAGAACAGUUCGAUUGGCUUAUCAAGUACUCUCCCCUUCAUAAUAUCCACAUCCCUGAGGGCGAGGGUGUGCAGUACCCGGCUGUGCUGUUGUUGACCGGCGACCAUGACGACCGUGUGGUUCCUCUGCACUCGCUGAAGUACAUCGCCACCCUGCAGCAUUUGAUUGGUCGCUGGCCCGGCCAGUCAAACCCUCUGUUCAUUUACGUCGACACUAAGUCAGGGCACGGGGCCGGGAAGCCCACCACUAAGGUCAUCCAGGAGGUGGCCGACACGUACGCCUUCAUCGCCCGCUGCCUGGACCUCAGCUGGAUCAACUAAUAAACGUACAUAAGGGGGCGCACAGAACCAGGGACAACUACACAGCUCUGCAUCUUUCUGGAUCUGUUUUAAUCCGUUAAUCCAUGUCUGGUUUAAGAAAGUAUUAAUACCCGUUUCUCUUUGUCUCUGCACUUCUGACUUUCUCUUUAAAGGAUUGCUUCAUCGUGUUUUAACCUAUCCUCCAUUUACUGCAUCUUUAUGAUACAUUUGAUUAUCACAGAUGGUAAUUUCAACAUACGUCUGUAUUUGGAAAAGAAAAGAACACAACAUGCUCAUAAUAGGAGCCAAUUGGCAGUGGCAAUUCUGUCAAUAAACGUUUUAAAGUAUGUGACUAUAAAGCAUUGAGUGUGUUUACAUGCACUUAAUAAUCCGACAACUGCAGAAAUCAGAUUUUGUCAGUAAUUCGAUCAACAUGUUUACAUGCACUUGAG